CUAGAGACCUCUGGGACAGAGGGAGCCCCAGCUGAAGCUGGGUGCAAAAGUCAGUUCGGUUUCGCUUUUGAAGGUGCAGAGGCAGGAGCAACUCUCUCUGCCUUUCUUUAUAGAGAAUUUGGAGCCUGUUACUGUUAUUUUGUUCCUUAUGCAUGUGGACCUCACCCUUGUGCUGAAGAAGACAAACAGAAAUUGCAAAAGGAUAAGCAGACUGCUGCAGAUGACAAUAAACAAUUUGGCAGGCGGUGGGAAAGGACCAGCUGUGUCAUCAUAUGUGAAUCUCAAGGUGAAAGCUACUUUUUAAGUAUAAUUUCAGAACUGUUCCCCCAGUCAUACAGCCAUCUCCCUGAGCCUGGCAAUGUUCCACGUACUGAUCAUGAUGGAGAUCCCCACACAGGAUAUUCAGAAAUCCAGAGGACAUCUAGAGGGAGUAUUUUUGACAAGUGCUGUAGUGAAAAAGUACUUAGAAACCCUGAGUAUAUAAUGGAAUUUGCCAAUGGACAGUAUGUUGUCUAGCAUGUACUACCCACUAAAUUACAUUUCUCUCCUGUUCCUCCUUACCAGCUUUUUCCUCCUUUCAUUUUGCAGGGAUAAAAAAAGUACACAAUUUAAGAUUUUCCUUUAAAGGCAGAAGAUAGAGUCGUCUUCUUCUCAGUGAGGUGUACCAUUAAUUUGGCCCAGUCAUGUCUUAUUGUUAGACUUUCACCACACAGCAAGUGGUCCUAAACGAACCCAUGACUGUGUAUUGCUACAGUAUUUUUGCACAUGGUCUAUCAUACACAGGUAAAUCUGCAUUAUGGAGGAGGAGGAGGAAAAAUACAAAAUUAUGCCUUCCCUGAAGCCCAUACUGAAGUACUAGUGGUCCGUUACUGGAAAUUUUAGAAGGUCAUGUGCUCUAUUAAUCCAGCUUUUAGGGGAAAAAAUAUAAUUGAUUUGAGAAAGGAAGCUGCUCCUGCUGCCUUUGUAGUGAGAAAAAAAAACCCAGAAGGCCAGUGACGAAGAAACAGAUUGAACAAACUUUUUAAGGAUAUCUGGAGAAGUCUAAACACCGGUUCAGCAGUUUGUGCCUCUUCCCGGCGCAGAGGAGGCCUGCCCACCUGCGGCUCCCCGGAGGGAAGCCAAAACCCAAAGAGGAUUUUUAAGGAACAGGAGGCGACGGUCGCACCCCGAUCGCCACCAGGCUGCUCACGGCAGCAAGUGAGAGGGCGAGGCGAGGUAUUUGUGGAGAAAGAGCCAUGCGAUACGGCCGUAAUUAAGCGCUGUCAGGCUCUAGGCUGCCAGGACUGAGCUCCCGACCGCCAGCAGGGCCGGGCGCCCCCCCCAGGGGCAGCAGGGGCGAAGCCGCCCGAGGGCGCGCCCUCCGUGGGCGGGAAGGCGGAGGGGGCUCCUCCUCCUGCCCUCACUAGCGGUCUGCCGUGGGGCUCGGAGCGAAGGGAGAGGCUUAGCCCCGCUGCGGGCCGGCAAUGAGCGGCUGAGCCGUGAGCCAUGCACUCGGGGAACAGCACGGGCACGACCAGCCGCCCGGGCCCCGCGGCGGCCGAGCAGGAGUUGCCGGGCGAGCGGCCCCUCUUCAGCGCCGGCACCUACGAGCUGCUGGCCCUGCUGGUCGCCACCAUCGGCAUGCUGGGCUUGUGCAACAACUUGCUGGUGCUGGUGCUCUACUACAAGUUCAAGCGGCUCCGCACGCCCACCAACCUCUUCCUCGUCAACAUCAGCCUCAGCGACCUGCUGGUGUCCGUUUUCGGCGUGAGCCUUACCUUCAUGUCCUGCCUGAGGAGCCGCUGGGUGUGGGACGCCGCCGGCUGCGUCUGGGAUGGCUUCAGCAACAGCCUCUUCGGAAUUGUUUCAAUUAUGACUCUCACUGUUCUUGCCUACGAACGCUACAUUCGAGUAGUCCAUGCAAAAGUGAUUGACUUCUCCUGGUCUUGGCGGGCUAUCACGUACAUCUGGCUCUACUCAUUAGCCUGGACUGGAGCACCUCUUUUGGGCUGGAACAGAUACACACUGGAAAUUCAUGGAUUAGGUUGCUCAGUGGACUGGAAGUCAAAAGACCCCAAUGAUACCUCCUUUGUGCUCCUUUUUUUCCUUGGCUGUCUAGUAGUGCCUGUUGGGAUCAUGGCCUAUUGCUAUGGCCAUAUUCUAUAUGCAGUACGAAUGCUUCGCUGUGUGGAAGAUUUCCAGACUGUUCAAGUGAUCAAACUUUUAAAAUAUGAAAAGAAGGUGGCUAAAAUGUGUUUCUUAAUGAUCUCCACGUUCCUUAUUUGUUGGAUGCCCUAUGCAGUGGUCUCCCUCCUGAUAACAUACGGCUAUAGCAACCUUGUAACUCCAACGGUAGCUAUCAUCCCAUCUUUCUUUGCCAAGUCAAGCACUGCUUAUAAUCCAGUCAUCUAUAUCUUCAUGAGUAGAAAAUUUCGUCGAUGCCUUUUGCAACUCCUGUGCUUUCGCCUAAUGAGAUUCCAGAGGACCAUGAAGGAAACACCAGCAACAGGGAAUGACAAACCAAUACGACCAAUAGUUAUGUCUCAGAAAGCAGGGGACAGGCCAAAGAAGAAAGUGACUUUUAGCUCUUCCUCUAUCAUUUUUAUUAUCACCAGUGAUGACACUCAGCAAAUAGAUGACAACAGUAAACACAGUGGGACAAAAGUAAAUGUCAUCCAAGUAAAGCCACUAUAGGGAUGAGCUAAAGAGAUGUGAGAACGAGAUGGACUUCAGCCAGUAGACUGUUUAGGUUGGAGACCGGUUUCAGUGGUAGUGUCCAUGGCCUGCCAAAAGAAGCCACAUACUUAAGCUGUGAAUUACUGAAGGAAUUUGCAUCUGAAGCAUUGCAGGCAGUUCAGUUUUGGUCACAGUACUGAAAUCUCUGCAUCUGUGCCAAAAUUGCUGAUGGAUGUCUACUCUAAAUUUUCUUAAAGCAUAUUGUAGGAUUGCCAUUCAGGAGAACUUGGUCAGCCUGGAGGAACGCGCUAACAGAAAUGUUACGAAGUUCAGCAAGGGCAAGUGCAAAGUCCUGUACUUGGGGAGGAAGAACGAUGCUGCAGCACGGCAGGCCAGGCCCUAGCUGCUUGGGAUGCAGCUCUGUGGAAAAGGAUGUGGAGUCCUGUUGCACAAUGAGCAGGGCAUGAGCCUGCGGCGUGCCCUGGCAGGAAGGAAGGGCACCUGGAUGCCAGGCUGUACUGACAGGGUCGGAGCCAGUAGUCUGAAGUUAUUAUGCCCUUAACUCACCCCUCCGUUAGACCACAUCUAGAUACCGCAUCCAGUUUUGGGACCCCAAUACAAGAAAGACACCUGUAAACUGGGGUGAGUUUAGUGGAGUCCCCCAAGAUCGUCAGGGGCUGUUGUACUUGGCCUGUGAGGAGAGGCUGGGGGAACUGCACUUGACCAGUGUGGAGAUGAAACAUCUUCAGAGGAGCCUCACAGCAGCUUUCCAAUAGAGAUGGGGAGUUUUUCAACCGGAUGGAGCCAGGCUCUUCAGGGCAUUCAUAGUAGAAGGAUCACAGACAACGAACAUGAACUGGAAUAAGAGAGAUUUGUAUGGGAUAUAAGGAAAAGCUUUUACACCCUGAGGACAGCCAAGCAGUGGAACAAGUCAGACUGAAGAUUUCGUGAGGUUCCUUCCAGCUUCAGUUAUCCUGUGAUCCCUGAACUGCCAGCAUUCCCAGUGCACGGAGUAAUCAGGGAAGAAGGAGGAAUGUUUGAAUUUGGCUGCAGUUUAGCUGGUCUGAAUUGGUGCUUUGCGGGGUGGCGAGUGGGAAAAACGAUGUCUACAAUAACUGGGGUUAUGGUGAAAUGAGAAGCCCCAGAAAGCUGUCCCUGUGUACUCAGCAAGCCAUUCUCUUGGUGCUACCUUAUAGGACCCCUGAGCUACACAGUGGAGAAAAUAAUGCAAAUCAAAGCACUAAUGACAAAACGUCAGUGAAAAGGGAAAACUGGAAUUUCUUUUUUUGUUACGAUAUGUGAAUUAUGAAUCUUUAUCUUGCAUUCAUUUAUUCUGUACAUGGACCAGAAGUGUCAUCCUAUGUUAGCCCUGAACCUGCUCUGGCACUCUGCUGAAAGUAAUGGUUAGAGAAGAGCAGGGUAGCUUUUGCCUAAGUUGCAGCGUGAGUAAUGAUUGUCUUACUUGGAGCUCAGUAAACAGCGGAUAGAGAUUUUUUUUUUUCCCUGCCCCUCACCUUUUGUUGCUGGUACAAAAUGGCAACAGGAUUCUGCCCCAGACACGGCUUUCUGUCAGCAUUGGGUGAGUAAGUUAGAGAAAUAAUUUUGAAUUAUGGCAGCUAGUUCUCUACCACAUCAUUGGACCAGUGUAAUUUCUCUGCCUCAGUCUGCUAAAUGGACAGCAUGGAACUGCAACAUGCAGCUUUUCCAUCUCUGUGAAAGCUGUGAGGAAAGCUUCCUCUGGGGACAAAUCUGAGAGGUAUAAAGGGAACAUGCUGAAUAACUGUUGGUCCUAUAGCCAUUGGUCUUUGUGCUUGUGCCCCUGCUUUUGAAGAGGCAAAUUCCUUUUAUUGCACCCUUCUAGAACUUUAGCAGUAGUAAACUGGCUCUGUGUUGUGUUUAGAAGUGCAUCCAGAAUCCAUUGUUUUCUAGAUUAGAUCGUAUAAUCUGAGAGGAAACAGACAAUAAAUACUUGUCUUUGUUUCUUUCAUAUUUGUUAUUUUUGUUUUGCUACAAAUGCAUAGAUAAAUUGUCUUACAAUGUCAAAGAUCUGCCCUUACUAAAGGAUGUUCAUUGCAAUGUCAAGAACUAUGUUUUCAGCCAGUGAUCACUACAUCUAUGCACAUUUAUAUUUACAAAGGGAGAAAGAUGUACAUUAGUGCUCCAUGUAAUGAUUCCAUCCUUUUAACAAAACAUUUGGCAUUUUUGUAUUUGCUGAGUA